UACGUGUAGUUAGCCAGAACCGCGAUGUAAAGUUUAUGUUAUGUUCCGGUUGUAGAAUGAACUGGGAAAUUACGACUUCCCAGUUAGAAAACCAACUGUAAUGCCCGACCUAAUCGGAUUGUCCACUGGGAAACUGGGAGAAACUCCAACUACCCUCAGUUACAGCUAGCAAGGCGGACAUCACGUUUCAACAUGACGCUCCUCACACAUAAAAAAUUUGGUGUGGUACUUUAGUCCUCUUCAAAAGGAAAUCUGAGAGCUGAACAUCCAGAGGCUGAACCGCACUGUGUGCGUCUGGUCAUGGACUUACCAUUCAGAAAGCGCGGCACUUGUGCCUGAGGAGAGAACUGGAAAUCCGCUGCUGUUCUCGCUCCAUCGCCAGGCUGAUCGGAGCGGAGGAAGAUGGGCUGCUGCUCCGGAAGAGGCAUACUGGUCCUGCUGUGCUGCGUGCAGCUGAUAACCGCGGUGGAGCGGCAGGUGUUCGACUUCCUGGGCUACCAGUGGGCUCCCAUCAUGGUCAACUUCUUCCAUAUCAUCGCGGUCAUCCUGGGACUUUUCGGGGCCAUCCAGUACCAGUCACGCUACGUCACCAUGUACCUGCUGUGGAUGUUUGUGUGGAUUGGCUGGAACGUCUUUGUGAGUUGUCUCUACCUGGAUUUGGGAGGCCUUUCGAAGGACAGCCACAUCCUCUCCCUGGGAGUUUCCUCACAUUCCUCCUGGUGGAAGGACAACGGGCCGGGAUGUCAGAGCCAGAACCCGCCCUCUGACAGGUGGAGCGAGCACCAGAACCCCCAGCUGGCCUCAGUGCCGAGCUGCUGGCUGCAGUACCAGUACCUGGAGGUUCUGCACUGCGCCGCCCAGCUCCUUCUGUCACUCCUGGGAGUCGUUUGUUCCUGUUAUGCAGUCAGCAGAUUUCCAGAGGAAGAGAGCUAUUACAAAUGACUGUAAGGAACAUCUGUUCAAAGAUGCUGAAAAGAAUCCAGGCAGAAAAGGUCCUCUAAGACCCAAUCAUCAUCUUCAUCAUCUUAAUUUUAGUUGUGAAACCAAAAACCAAGGCAAGAAUUGAAAAAUGUGUCAAGGACAUAAUCUUCCAGUCCUACUCUACGCCUCUUCUCGUCUGUAAAACAUUUAAGAUGAGCUCGAUGAAAGCUCCUGUUUAUAGCUCCGUUUUCCCAAUACUGAGUGUACUGCAUAUUUGUUACCACUAGGUGGCGCAUAGACGUUUCUUCACCUCAAAUGGGUAAAAUGAAGAAGGGGAAUCAUUUCUCUAGAAACAUUUCAUAGAUAACAAAGAUGGUUGAGCUAAGUGCAGCAUUUUUAUUGAACAUUUCAUUUUUGUUGUAAAAAAAAAUGUAUAAAGGAAUGUGUGGUUAACAGUAAAGUAAUAAUAAAAUUAAACAUUUUUGGCUUUUGUUCCCAUAUACUGUGGCUAACUUAUAGAGAAUGAGCUAUAAAAAUUAUGUGAAAUAAUAAAAGCUGUAUCUAGCAAAUGACCGGUCCAAAAAAGUUCCAGAACAGAAUAAAGUGAAAUAAUGUAUCUGUAAUGUGUUAGAAUUAUAAUCUGUACUCAACAUGUGGGUUAGAUUUUGGAGGGAGUGUUUUAAAUGUAUUGCCCCAUUUUGGUUUAGCUCACUAAACCAAAAAACAAAAUGGGGCAAUACUGAAUACUCCCCAACUGAUUGGGGAAAAAUGUGAUUAUUUUUAAUGGACUUUUCAUUGUUUCUUCUUGCUGAUUUUGUUCUUUUAAUUGUUUUCUGCACCUCAAGACCUAAAGUGAAACAAGCCA